CAGGCUGCGAAGGUCGCAUCAGAUGUCCGCAGGACGGUCAAAUCGAGCUUCGACGAACAUGGCCUUGAGAAGACUUUUUCAAAGAUCGAGAUGUUUCUUGCCACAUUCCCAGAAGAUGAAAAUAUCAUACUGGCAUCUAUUAGUCUGGUUGCAUGCACGCUCAAGGCUUUGAAGGCCGGUUCUGCGUUGUCACUUGUGUCUGCAAUGCUGAUGCAAGGACUUCGCACCAGGCCCAGCUUCGCCUCUGUGGUAUUCUUCUGUCGACAGCAUCCCGAGUCCGAUGAUCUGUUCGCCGGCCCGAGUGCCUUGAUCCGAAGCUUGACCGCUCAGCUUCUCCGACAGGACUUUGCGAACUUCACCUUUUGCCAGAAGAACGUUGACAUGGAAGGGCUGCGCGGGGGGGAUGUUGGCGUGCUGUGUCCUUUUUUCGAGUGGUUGGUCAGACAGCUUCCUCAGCAGAAGACAGUGGUCUGCGUAGUCGAUGCAGUAGAGACUUAUGAGACGGGCGAGUACGAAGAUGAUCUGCGGACGGUUAUGCAAUCCUUACUGAGGCUUGCGAGGGAUCCUAAUCUCUUGGCCACCGUGAAAGUGUUGGUAACAAGUCAUGAAAAUACGGUGAGCCCUCAUGAGAUCUUCAACGAGGGCGAAGGUAUUCUUUUGAUGGAGGGACUUAUUUCCAACGGUGAUGAGAAGGGCAUGAUGGACCUUGAUGGUGAGCUGUGA